UGGACAGCAGCUGGGGACCACAAAUCUGAAUUGUCCUGAGAAAUAGAUGAUCACCAGCAAUUAAUGCCGACAGGUUCUCUUUGUAAAAAGAAGCUGGCAAAAAGGCCUGGAUACAUGAGGCCAGAAGCUCAGCGACAGAUCCAGUUUCAGUCCCUGGGUGCCUGCGCAGGGUUCAGCCCAGCAGAGCUCCAGCAUGUCAGGCAGCACUGUGGAGGCUUUGAUGAGGACUGUGCUUUGCACAGACAGUGCCAAAAUGACUUGGAAUUCUUGCACUGUAGUGCAGCGAGUGGUGCUGUGGUUCCUGCUAAUGGGGUGACAACCUUGGCCACUACUGGAAACACUCCAGGAUGCUGUGAAAAUAUUUCUUGUUGCAAUAGUCCACAGUCAGAUAGCACAGGAAUAGGGGUCUGCCCUGCUGCCACAAUAGGCAAAGGAGAUGCUUCUACAGUGUGCUGUACGUGGCAGAAAAGCCACAGCACCAAAGUGAGCAAGCCCCUAAACAUGUAUGCUUUGGACCAGACAGAAGUGAAUAACAACUGUGAAUAUCAAAACAGAGAUGGUAUUUCUCAUUCUGCUGGUGCACAGGAUAGCUUUAGUUCAAGUUUCAGCUUCAUACAGCUCUCCCUGAACUCAGCCUCUGGAGUAAAUGAUGUGGAAGACAAAUCUAUUGAGGAAGUUGAGAUCGUUCUGCAUCCCAAAACCACAGGCAAUCUGCAGAAGCCAGAAGAGAUGGCACAAACUCGUGAGCACUUGGGAGAUUUGUGUUUUUCCUCCAGUUCUGGUGAAGAUUUGCAGCAUGAACAUGAGAGCCCAGUAAAUGAUAAAUUACAGGACUGUGAGACUGUCUCUCUCUUGGAUAUAGACACAACAUUUUCAUAUUCUACAGAUUCCUCGGAUGCAGCAUCUGCUGGCUCUUCUGUCACCUCAGGCUAUGAAAGUAGCUUUACUGUCAGUGACCAUAACUGGGAUACUUUGAUGAAAAAAUAUGAACCAGUGCUACAGGAUUGCUUGCUUGGCAACCACAGUACAUUAAAGUUAAAAUCCCUGAUCUUACGGCUUCAGAGGCUUCAGGAAAAAGCAGUAGAGGAAGAUGACUAUGAUAGAGCUGAUAAAUUUAGAUGGAAACUGGAAGAACUGGAGAAGGAGAGAAAUUCUUUAAAAUUUCAGCUUCCUUCAAGGCAUCCCUCUGUUAGCAGUUUUUUGGACAGGUUCAUGACUCAAGUUCAGGCAAGAUUGCACUGGGCUGCUGAUCAUUGGAUUGGACAUGAAAAAAAUGGUCUUUGUCAUGAAAAAGAGCACAGACUUUUGAGAUCAACUUCCCAGGAGAGGACGCAGUUUUCGGCCACAAAACGAAACCAGCUUUUUCAAGAAAAGAAACAAUUACAGAAAGAAAUUGAAGAUCUCCGAACAAGACUGGCCACCUUAGAAGGAAAAGAUCAACGGCUGAGAAGAGAAAUUGAAGAACAAGAUAGGCUUAUUCAGUCACAGGACUGUGAACUGGCUGCUUUACUUGGCUGCAUUUCUUUGAGAGAGCUGCAGGAAAUAAGCAAGGCUUUGGAUGACACUUUAGCAUCCUCCUAUCGAAUUCCAUUCAGUUUAGAUCUUCCAGGAGCAAUAAAGAGCCUUCAGGAGCAGGAACAAUUGUUCAACAUGUCCAUUAAAGAAACUACUGCCAAAGUCUGCACGAGUCAGAAACUCUGCAAUACUUUGAGGAGGAAAGUGAAUGAUAUUGAGACUCAACUACCAGCUCUACUUGAAGCCAAAAUGCUGGCUGUUUCAGGAAGUAAUUUUGGCACUGCGAAGGAUCUUGCAGAAGAAAUAAGAUCAUUAACAUCUGAGAAAGAGGGGCUGGAAGGACUUCUCAAUGAACUGUUGGUUCUGAGUGCCAGAAAUACGCGGAAAUUAGAGAGAAUUAAAGAUGAUUACACUAGACUGAAACAAGAACUUGAACAACAAGAGACUGCCUUAGUGACCAGCGUAAAAGAAAAUGCUGAGAAGUACAUGGAAAUUCUGGAGGAUAAACUACAUAGCUGUGGGAGCCAGCUGCUCCAAAGAGUGUGGGAAGCUGACUUGGAGGCCUGUCAGCUGUUGAUCCGAGGGCUUCAGCUGAAAGAAACCAGUUGCUGUGUUUUUGAGGAAGAAGAGAACCAAAUGGAUGAGGUGGAGAUGCCUGCUGAUGCCCCACCUGAUUCUGAAAAAAGAAAAGAAGGUCACUUUCUAAAGGGCACAGAGUGGGGUGCUGUUUCCUGCCCCAAACACAGGGAGCUGAAAGAGGUUAUGGAAGACAUUUCAUUUGGAACAGAGGGCCAUUUAUCUGAGGAAUUCUUCAUAUUUUCUGCAGAGUUGGGAGAAAAAUGUGAAGCAAUAAGUGAGAAAUUGGUGCAUCUGGAAGAUCAAUUGCAAAGUUCCACCUGCAGAGUUGAUGAAGGACUUGCACAGUCUCUGCAGAGGGAGAUCCAGGUGGUGAAGGAGACACUCCAGACCAUGCUGGUGCAACUUCAGUCAGCCAAGGAGGCAGGAGAAGAAAAGGCUGGAGACUUCCUCUGUGACAGCUGGUGUCCAGGAAAACAAGACUUGAAGGAAUAAUGAGCAGAAAGAGCUGUUGAAACUUCUACCUCAGUGUUAAGUAUGGAAGGAGGGAGGAAAAGAAGUGCCAGGCAGCUGAGGAUUAUAAUUGCCUCCAGGAGCACAUGGUUGUCAACCAGGCAGCAGAGCUCAGGUGGUUUCUAUAGUCAUCAGAUCCUCAGGGUUGAAUUACAGCCCUGUCAUUCAGAACAUGGUUGACUUUUCUCAUUGAGUAAUAUAUGGGCCAGCAUCCAUGUUGUGGUAAAAACUUUGGAGCUCCAGCUUGCAUGGACUCUGCUACUCGGUUCCCUAGUGGAGAUCUCUUGCUGUUCUGCUUGACAAGUUUAUCUCUCCACGUCCCUGUUCAAUAGCUACCUCCCCACCAUAGCUCUGGCACUUUCUGAAGCUCCUCUGAACAGAUGAACAAGGUGUUUGCCUCCAGCUCAAGGCAGGAGACAAGUGCAGUGGCACCCUGACAUUCAGCCCAUGCACAGCACCAGCUCCAAGGCAAAACCUGCCUGCCAGAAAGUACUCAUGGGAACCCACAUGAGUUCAGGUAAAGAGGAAAGAGAACACUCUGACAAGAUACAGUGUUUAAAACCGUUUCUUUGACACCUAUAGAAGCUCCCUGGGGUUCAAUACUACAGAGGGCCCAGGUACUGCAUUUCCAGCAAGGAGCAUUUAUAUAGGACCCUGACAACAGUCCCAAAGAUGAUGGCCAGUACAUUAAACGAAGGUUCAUGACACCCCACUCUCCCACCCUGCAGAAUUUGUCCUUUGAAUACUUAGUGCCUGCAAUGUAAACAGUUGUUAGGCCCUAGAAGUGCCUUAGAGCCAGGAUCAGCUACAGCUGAAGCAUCUGGUCUGUCUCCCUGCAGCAGCAAGGGCUCAACAACAGGAAUAGGACCCGACCAUCACAGGGGCAGGAGAACAGCACCCUCAUUCCCACUAGCAAGGUUUCUUGAAGACAUUCCCAUCGCUUUUGUGUUUCAAAGCUUCAGAGCACUACUGCAUCUUAAUAAAACCUCAAUUUAGGCAACCACUCUAAUAAGACACUGAAUUUCUAAGGAGAAGGGAAACUGAAUCAGUCAUCAUUGAUGUUAUGUUUGUAUCUGUUAACAUCUAUUUUAUAUGUAACGUGGACUACUACUACUCCUUUAAUUUUUUGUUCCAUUAACUUCAUUGUUGGUUGUGGAAAGUUAGAGCCAGUAACCAUCCCUUUUCUCAGACACAUUUGAUAAUAAGCAUACUUAAAAAAAAAGGUAUACUAUGCAAUGUAUCAGCUGCCUUUUAUCUGUGAAUAGAAAACUUUCAAAUAAAGAGAAGUAUGUUUUUAACUAA